AUGAUCAACUUCACGAUCACCGAAGAAGAGCUAGAGACACCGUCAUCGAAAGAAGAAGAUAGAGAAAUCAUCGAGCAAGUUAAUAUCGAUCCAUCCGAUCCGGAGAAGUGCGUAGGGAUCGGAGCAAAUCUAGACCCAGUCAUCAAGGAGGAGCUCAUCCCUUUUUUUCACAAAGAACGCGUCAACAUUCGCUUGGGCUCGAGCGAUCUGUUGUUGUGUGGGCUCGAUCGAUCUGUUGUCUCGAUCGAUCUACUGUUGUGUGGGCUCGAUCGAUCUGUUGGCUCGAUCGAUAUGCUGUUGUGUGGGCUCGAUCGGCCUGUCGGCUCGAUUGACCUGUGGGCUCGAUCGACCUGUGGGCUUGAUCGACCUGCGGGUUCGAUUGACCUGUGGGCUCGAUCGACAUGCGGGCUCGAUCGACAUGUGGACAUGACGGGCAUAGAUCCAAACAUCGUUUGCCUCGAGCUGAACAUGGACACAACUUUCAAGCCGAUCAAGCAGAAGAUGAGGACGCUUGGACCCGAACAGCCCCAAGCCGUAAACGACGAGGUCGAAAGACUAUUCAAUGCUAGAUCUAUCGAAGAAGUCAGAUAUCCCGACUUGUUAGCGAACCUGGUGGUCGUCAAAAAGAAGAAUGGCAAGUGGCGCGUCUGCGUCAAUUUCACUGACCUUAACAAAUCGUGCCCGAAAGACAACUUCCGCCUACCGCACAUUGAUCGGCUAGUCGAAGCCACAGCAGGGAACGAGCUAUUAUCAUUCAUGGACGCCUUUUCGGGCUACAACCAAAUCAUGAUGCAUUCGGAUGAUCGGGAGAAGACGAAUGAAGAAGACCACAUCAAGCAUCUGAAGGCAUGUUUCGAAAGUUUGAACAGCUAUGGGAGGAAGCUCAAUCUGACCAAGUGCUCGUUCGCAGUCAUGUCUGGAGAAUUCAUGGAUUACAUUGUCACCAAAAGAGGAAUCAAAGCAAACCCGAAGAAGAUCACAGCUAUACUCGAUCUACCAUCACCAAGGAAUGUGCAGGAAGUCCAGCAGUUGACAGUUCGGAUAGCCGCCCUGACGACGUUCAUCUCCAGGUUGACGGACAAGUGUCUACCCUUCUACGAGCUCCUAAGAAGAAACCAAAUGUUCGAAUGGGAUGCUCGGUCCGAGGAAUCUUUCAAAGAACUCAAGCAAUAUCUAUCAACCCCUCAGGUUUUAUCUAAGCACGAGCAAGGAAAAGCGCACUACCUCUACAUAUCAGUAUCAAGCUCGGCCGUGAGUAGAGUUUUGGUUAAGGAAAAUCAAGGAGAGCAGAAAACCAACAGCCGAUUCCAAACCAAAGUUCGAAAUGGAUCGGAUUCUACUUGUCUACGCUCUUCUUGCUGCACGAAGUUCACUUUGUGUUUUAGCAAGAACUAUUAG